AUGUUUCAGAGGGAAGCCAAGAUAUUUACCGAAGUUGGGGGUAGAAUGGAAGCCAAGGACAUCACAGAGAGAGGAUCUGAGAUUAAUAGAGACAUUAGGGGAGAAAUAAACUCUAGACUUGCUAGAGCUCACCUUCUAGCUUUCCUCUUUCCCUCUCAGUCUCACAUUACUAUACUUGCCUGGAAUCAGUCUACAGUAUUUGUAUAUGCUUACUAUGUGCUUCGUACAAUAUCUUUUAUUCUAAGUCAAGGGAGUAUUUUCUGCAUUGCUAUUGCUUAUUUGGCGGAUGUUGUUGAAGAGAAUAAGAGGGCAGCAGCUUUUAGUUGGAUAACAGGCCUUUGUGCUGCUUCGCAUGUCUUGGGAAAUCUUCUGGCACUUUUUCUCCCAGAAAAGUACAUUUUUCCUGUUUCAAUAGCUCUCUUGAUCUUUUGUCCAGUUUAUAUGCAACUCUUUCUGGUUGAGACGGUUAAGCUGGCUCUAAAGAGGGACCAAAAUUCAGCUUGCUUGACUACGCCAAUUAAAAUUAUCCAGAAACGAUACAAAUCAAUGAAAGAUGCUGCUACUAUAGUUAUGAGCAGUCCGACAUUAAGGGGCAUUUCUCUGGUUUCUUUCUUCUUUGAGUUGGGAAAGUCUGGCAUCAACUAUGUCUUAAUGUACUAUCUGAAGGCAGCUUUUGGUUUUGACAAAAAUGAGUUCUCAGAAAUUCUGAUGCUUGUAGGAUUCGGUUCAAUUAUUUCACAGAUGUUGGUGCUUCCACUAAUAAAUCCAUUGGUUGGAGAGAAGGUGAUAUUGUGCAUAGGAAUACUUGCAAGCUUAUGUAAGUCACUUAUAAUUUUUACUUUUAAUACAAUAAUACCCCCAGCACAAAUUACAAAAGAAAAGAAAAACUAA